AUGGCUGAUCUGCAACAAAUUCUCAACCUUUGGCAAGCACAAGACAGUCUUGGAAGAUGCAGCAACACUGAAGACACAACAAAUAUUGAUGAAGAAAAGCCCACCAAAACCCAAAACGAACAUUUUCGUAACAAAGAUCAUGACAUACCCUAUGAUAAAAGAGAUUUUGGUCCCAUUCCCCGUGAUCAAAAGAAGGCCAGUAGAAACAAAAACAAAUCAAAUGUUCCAGGUGACGUUGCCAAAACUUCUCCCACCAUCCUCGCUGAUAAGUCUAAGACUGCUGGUACAUCUUCACAAGUAAAGAGCAAAGAAAAUGAUUGCAAGCAGAAAGAGCUUAAAAACAUAAAAAUGCCACCGAAAAUGCUCAAGAGAGGAAGGCCCAAAGGAGCGGAAUUAACUGUCAUUGGGCUACCCAAAGUAAAGAAAGCAAAGAAAGGGUUGCUGCCAUUUUGCAAGGUGAAAGCAGUAGAAAAGGACAGGAUUCUUUUAGAGUGCUUUGUCCGUUGUUCAGUUGCUAACAACGCAAUCCAAAGUGGUGAUUUAAUACCACCAGAAGAAGUCGAAACAAAUCCUCUUAAGCUUCCAGACAUGAUUCGUGACAAAGAGAAUGUCGAUUUGAAUAGGAUUGAGAAAUAUUUUGUUGCCAAUGCAUGGAAAGUUGUUCUUAAUGUCAGUGAAAAAAAGAACAAGACAAAGUGGAUAUGUCCUGGAUGUUCAACCACAAUCAGCAGCAAAGAUGAAAGUGUAGCAUGUGAAAGGUGCCUGUGUUGGUAUCAUAUUAAAUGUACUUCACUGAAAAGACCACCCAAGACAAGGAAUUGGUUUUGCAGCAAAUGCAAAGCUAAGCACGUAUAA